GCAGUGCUCCUUUUGGCCAUAGAGGGCGCUGCACGCAUGGCAGGCCGGGCUCCGCGGCCUUCACAUCUUUUUGUCUGAGAACUGGAUCCCUCUGCCGCUCUACAGUGUGUGCGAUAGCCUCGGAGCUGCGUCCGUAACACACUGUCAAACCACUCCAAACGAAUACAACCGCGACCAAAAGCAUUUAUUCUACACAUCCUGCCAUGGCGUUUCUAAUCUGCCGGUAAAUCGGUCGUAUUUGUGACUGUUCGUUGGAACUUAGUCCGGGGUUGAAUCGGGCUUGCUUUCUGUGUGCAUCAGUCUUUAUUAGCGAGCUGCCGCUCUUCUUGCUAUCAGCUAUUUCUUUAACUUUUUAAACACUCAGCUUCGCGAAUGACUGAGCGCCGGCGGAGUAUGGGAUCCUUGGUGUCUUAAGAAGCGACUGAAGUGGGGUUUAACCGUUUUUGCAUGCAAAAACAAUGGCAAAUUCGACGGGGAAAAAUCUACCAGAUCAGCGAAGGAAAGGACAGGCUUUCCUGGACGAGCUGCGGCAAUUUCACCAAAGCAGAGGGUGAGAUUCGGGCGUCUUUAUUCCCAAGAAAUGUAACUUUAAAUCUUCAUUGCAUGUGACUGCGAGUUAACCAGAAGUGUUAUUUAAACAUAUGUGCAUCUAUUUCUUGUGUUAUCCCCUCAGAUCGCCGUUCAAGACGAUUCCUUUCGUGGGUGGGAAAGAGCUGGAUCUCAAUGCGCUCUAUAUCAGAGUCGUCUCUUUAGGUGGAUUUGCUAAGGUGAGUGGGAACUAAAAGUGUUUUUCCUCCACACUCUGCCGUGUGUGGACUCCACCGUGGACCACUACACAACUCCGUGUGGGUUCCCCGGGACAAGUGUAAUCCUCCAGAACAGCGUUUAGUGGGUCGGUGUUGGCCUUGUGCUAGUUGUGCCAUGUAUCUCUAUGCAAUGUGGUGGCUUGUGUUGUUGUGUGCUUUGAAUUGAGUGUCCAGCCGCUCGGAGUCAGAGUGCAGUUGGAGCGACUCAAAAUUAGCGGGCACGUUUAACAUCGAUUAUCGGCACGGAGCCCGGCCUGGAGACACACCGCGGAGGACAUAGCGUCUCGCCCGGGCUUUUUACCGGCAGUUUUAACGCAGGAGGGGGACGCUUCGUUUCUCAUUCUCGCCAUAGCCAUCUUUCUUUCGGCUUCAUGGCUGGUCACAAAAUGUAGGCCUCAUAAGGCCCAUGUAGUGUAUACUGUAAACGGUACCUAAACAUACUCCGAAUUCAAACGGCUCGCUGCGAACUGAAGCGUUCGAAUUUUGACGGAUUGGACCGUUGGCGGACCGUUAGCCUCGUUAGCUUUUAACACCAAUAUAGAAAAGCCAAGUUAGCUCGUUAGCAAGAGUGCUAACUAGCCUUUAACAGUAACGAUAGUAUCCUGAAGGGAGUCAAGCAGUUGUACUCACUGAUGUGUCAAAUGUAAAUAUGUUCGCAAAACAGACUUCAUUAAGUUGCAAAUUAAAGCAGUUUGACUUGAAGUGUUAGCAGGAGCUUCGAUGUUUACUCCCUUUUAGAGUUUUAAUCAGUAGUUUAUGGGAGUUAUUGAUAAGGAGUGCUGGUUUUGCCUCAUUGAAGGAACCUGUAGCAGACCAGAUGGUUCCAAGUGUUACCGCUCUUUUUCUUGUUGUCAGUGUUUAUCUCCUGACCAUCUCCUCCUCUCCUCCUUUUUCAGGUCUCAGACAAAAACCAAUGGAUCGAACUUGGGGAAGAGUUUCACUUUCCAAGGAGUUGUUCCAACGCUGCAUUUGCUUUAAAACAGUACUACCUUCGGUAAGUAGCACGGCCAUGCAGCUCUCUGCCUCUCAGGUAGCAUGUGGGAAGUGUUUACAAACGUUAAGAUGCAGUCAGCAGGAUCUGUGCUCCCCUCUGUGAGGAAGCAGCACUAGUACAAUAUUAUGACAAGCCAGAGCAAGGUCUUGAGUAUUUACAUUUGCCAAGAUGUGGUAGAUAUGGACUCAUUCACCCUCUUUUUGAAGGAUUAAACACACUGAUCUGCCUUCAUAAAAGAGAAUUAUCUUCCAUAGUUUUGUAGAACUACACUUGAGCAUUUUGUCUGAAAUGUCCUCAGGCCACAAACUAACAACGGUCUCUAAAUGAUAGAGCCACAGGGUGUUGAGUUUUGAUUUAGCUCUAAUAAUUUAGCCGCUCUGGGUGCUGAAAUGUGUUCAGCAUUCAGCCUCCAAGUCUCAACACAGUCAGCUGCCAGUGAUGGGAGUCUGGUGCGAGCGCAACUCUCCCUAACAGCUGGCACUUGUGGUUUUUGGUUGUUUGUGCCUUUUUCAUCUCCCUCACCACAUCAUGCAACGAUUGUUUUCACAACUAGCACCUGCUUACAGAGGAUUACACCUCUGCAGCAUAGGAAUGGUUGGACAUUAUCAUUGAAAUUGUAGUGUAGGUCCUGUUUUCUAGAACAGGCGACGGCUGGAAAUUAUUUGCGCAAUUCACAAAGUUUACUUUCAGUGCAGGUAGUUAGAUUCCUGAGGCUUGUCCCGGGAUAACCAGGGUCACUUCUGCUGCAGUAGGAAGCACCUGAGCAUGUGUAGGCUUUGUUGUGCUGCUGAAGUCAAUUGAGGUCUUUCUGAUUAUCAUACCGGCUACACACAGCUUCUAUCCAGCUUCAUAUUUCAGACUUUUGUACAGCCUUUUCUCUGAGGCAGUAGAUCUCCAGUUUGAUGAAAUAGUCUUCUUGGAAGUCAUGAUGACACUUGUUUAGAUCACUUCUUCCAGUCAUAGUAUCUAAGUUGUGUUGAGUUUUCUGUGUUCUUAUUCAUUUUGGGACUUCUCCUCCACACAGGUAAAGCAAAUUUGUUUCUUAAUGCCCAUCUUAAUAGGCUUACAUUUGACAUUACCAGAAAUAUCUGCCACAGAAAGAGAACUCAUGAUCUGAUUUGUUAAACCUCCAUGAGACUUACACGCGACAGAUUCUCAGCUGAGUGUGUGGUUUAAUCAUUUGUGCCAGAAAGUGGUUCAUAAAAAACCAGCAGGUGGAUGAUACAGUAUUCUGCUAUGAGGCAGUCUAAGUUGUUAAUGUAAUUUCUUACUCGAGGAAAAGACUGCUUCUCUGAAAUCUUCACCUGUGGAUGAGCAAAGGAGGCCCAUAAGCAGAGUGGAUGUGCUGACUAUCUCUUUCCUGCUGCAACAGCCGUUGGAGCUGCUCUGUAAAGUUUAUCUAAGGCAGUUCAGUGUAGUGGAUGUCAGAGGCAGCAGGCAGGCAGACUUGUCUCGCCUCGACCAGAUAGAGAGACUACCCUGCCUCCACUUCUGCUGCUCUUUUUUUUAUGCUGACAGAGUAUUAUAGCAAUAAUUGGAUGUUUUUCUAUGCAGCAGGGAGUUUAUAAUGUGAUCACCGUGGAGGGAAAUGUUGGUGUUGCCCUCAUGCGGGGGAGUUCAAGGGUCAUAGCCAGUAACACAGUGGCCAUGCACUCACUGGAGCUGGUUCGGGUUCAGCGUCUCGCUCAAGGACACUUAAGCCUGGUGGAUGUUUGCUAAUAUCAGGUGUUAAGCUUUAUUAUCCAGUUAAAUGUCCAACUGUAACCUCUCAAUGCCUUGGGAUUUCUAGGCUGUUUGUGCUGUUUAAGGACAUUGUCCUUUUAUGUACUCACAAAUGAAAUGAUGGACAGAUCUGGGUUUUGUAGGGGAUGAUUUACAGAGCAGACUUUAUUGAAAAACUAAUACCAAACUCUUUUGCGUCUGUAUUUUGUUGAUGUUGCCAUGACCUUUAAGUGAUCUGGUCAUUUCAUCCCUUUUUAAAAUAUUGUGCUCUUUUACAAAAACUCUGCUGGAGUUUGAAAUGCAAGAAACUUUCAUAACUUUGAAGUUGUAUUGAUUCUUGAAGUAUGGAACUUGUAAUAAUCUUGUAGCAGAGUAGUUGGAAGUAUCAGGAUAUUGUGUUUAGAAGUAUUUUAAAAUCUUAAUAUUAGAAAGUCAGAUGUGAGCAGGAGGAGAUUUCUUUGUCACAACACAAGCAUGUAGAGGACAAGAUAAGCAAAGACUGUUCUGUCCAUCGGGGGGCGCCAUAACUGACACAAACCUAAAACUCCUCAUGAGAGCUUUAACUUCACAAAAGAAGCAGAGUUCCUUCUAAGGAGGAACACUUUUGUUCAUCUUACUUCUACUGAAGCACAGACAAGUUGCAUACUGGUAUUUUUUGUUUUUAGUGCUGCCAGAAAUACACCUGUUGGAAAACAAGAAACAAUGCAGUGUUUGAAUUAAAAGAGUCUGCAUUGAUAAACAGAUUUGGUGGUAAAAACUUGAAAACUGGAGAUCAUAUGUAUCAUGCGUCAAAGGGGCUUCUUCUCCUUAAAGGUCACCAUCGCUUCACUAGCAAGAGAGUUUUUAACCUACAGUCUGACUGCUUGAUACAGCUGGAUAUGUCCCAUUUAGUCUAUUUACUCGAUCUGCCUGAAAUAAUCAUAUCACAAAACAGAUAGACACAGUUUGAAUUUAUGCAAGCUUUAUGCAAUGUCAUAUUUGUUUUAAAUUAUAGAAAUUAUUAUGGUUCUCUGACUCACCAAACCUUCAGCUUAAGGCGGACAGAUUCAAAGGAUAAGAAGUAUUUGGAAAUUAACCAAGGAGUGACAUAACAGGCAAAAAGACCAUUAUACACACACACAUCGGUUAAAUUGUACUGCAGAGAUCCAAGUUCAUAAGCCCAACUUUGAGUUGAUGGCUCCAGGGUUCAAGUCCCGAUCCCUUUUCUUUUAAAGUGAAUCACUGAAGACCUCGUAUCUGCAGCAAUCAGACCUGUGUCUUUUCUGAUACAGGACAGCCUCUCUGUUGACCGAGCUCCUCUGUCUGAAUGAAACAAUCGGCUGUGCUGUGUCUCUCUGGUCAGCACUCUCCACUCAGAGCAGAGUAAUAAGCAGCGCUGAAAGUUCACCAACAGCUCCUGCUGCUGUGUGUUUGAUAUCUGAAUGCCACUCGGUAAUAAGUGAGCGACGCCGGCCAGGAACAGUUUUCCAGCUCGUUUUCAACUUGUUGAAGCGCCGCUUUGACAUCAGUCCUACCGAUGGCGUUGAUUUUGUUUGGGCUUUAGAAGGAGGAGAGAUUCAAACUCUGGAUGAAAGCUCUGGCACCGAAUCACACUGACAUACCGAGGGCACAGCGGCUCUGUUUUUUGGCUCCAUUAAUAAGAUUGAGGGGAAAAAUGUGGAAUUUUGAAUGAAGUCUUCAGGCGUGAGAGUGGGAGAGUUAUUGAUUGGUUGAGACGUACAGUAGGAUGUUGCCAAACAGACCUGCUGGUAGAAAGGGCGAGUGCGAAAUAAAAUCAUAAACCUCGUCCUGAUGUUCUUGAGGAUAAUGAAAUGAUUGAACAGAAUAAACCCAUUCUUCCACUUUUAAACUUCCUUAUUGCCACAUAGAGUUUACAAGAGACAUCUGUGUUACUUAUGAGUGCUUCCAGUUUCCCUGUGGCCACACUGAUUUGGAUAACUCUCAGUCAAUACUGCUCCCCAUCCCCACGCCUUUCCUCUUCCAUUAGUACCUUCACAUGAUUUGAGGGCAGUUUGUAUCAGGAUCUCUUUCCACACGGGACUGAAGGAGUCCUGACUUUUCACUCAAACGCCAUUCGAACUGUCUUGGCUCACUGUAAUUUGAGAGUGAAUGAAAGGCGUGUGGAAAUAAAGCCUCUGGUGUUUAGCUACAGCCCAUGACUUCCCAAACUGCAGCUCCCUGGGCACAGACGCCAAGUCAGGUGACAGAUACCCUUGUUCAACCUUUUUUUGACCUCUCGGCUGCAUCCCCACUGAGAGGAAAUCAGGCCCAGGAGGCACUGACAUCCAGGAACAGCUCCCUUUAUUCUGCGUAAAUCUGUAACCUGUUGUCCAGACCUGCUCUGUUGUUCCAUGCGGUUAAACAUGCGCAAUUAGCGGAGAAUGAAUUUGAGACAUAUUAACACAAACCCUGCAUAUUGCAAGUGGUAAUUUGUUGGAUAUGUUUGAUUCAUUAGUGGGUUUUUGUACCUGUAAGAUCCGGAUCAGUCUUCUCUUUUGGACUCAUGCUGUAUAAUAAGCAGGUUCGGCUUAGCUCUGCUGUCCUCAGUGAUUACAAGAACAGAAACCAGCUCUUGAAUCUAUCUGUUUCUGCUGAAUCCUCCACUAAGUAAUCGCUCUAUUCCAGAGUUGAACACGCUGCUUCCUGCUCAGUGAAAUUAUUACGCCACACUGUCAUCUGUCACCUUAACUGUCUGUGGUUAGAGAAGCAGGUGCAAUCAGAUUUACUCAUUUCAGUUGAUAUUUGAAUGUUUCGCGUUUUAAUAAGAAUCCUCAUUUUACUACAACGUGUUUCUCAACUGUUACUCUUACUCGUGAGGCCACUCUGAGGGCCCUGAAUUCUCAUGACCUCAGCAAUUAGACUGUAAUGUAGUAGUCAUGUGAAUGGUAUGGUGCAUUUUUUUCCCUUUAUUUGCAGCCAACUGCAAAUGGAUUACAAUCAACAGUAUUCAAACCCCACUUAAGCAUUAAAAAUAUCAUGUUACUCUGAGUUUAAACCUAUCUUGUGCCUCUUUGUGCAGAGCAGGUUUCUCAAUCUGAAGCUUCUUUCCAUUGAUGUUUCAGACAGGACUGUUUUGCCUUUUUCUGACAGGUAAUGCUCAGAGCUGGAGUGAAGGGGGGGAGUCUCUUGGCUGCUGAGAUAGUAUUAGACAUAGAGUGACACUGCUACGCCUCUGUUACUAAGCAUCCAAGCCGGCAGGGCUUCACAGUGCUGUGUGUGUGUAUAUCAGACUGCAAGACAUGAAACCGCAACAUGAUGUGAAAUAAUGCUCUUGGACAUCACUAUAACGCUGCUGGGGGGGUUCACUGUAAAUGAACAGAGGUGUGGUGAUGGCAGAUCUUUGUCAACAAGCCGGGAAGGUCUGACAGUCCUUCAGGUGGCUGUUUACACGAUCACCUGUAUGGAGAAAAUGAUCAUGACCUAAAGUAGUGGUCUGAUACAAGCAGACAUUAAUUAAUCACACAUUGAUAUAAACCGAAGAUGACAAUCAGGAUUUAGGCGACUGAUGCGUUGUUUACCUGGGGGGCACUAUUACACAAUCCGCCGUCUAUAAGCUGAAUGAACAUGACAUGAAACACCAGGAGACUUGUUACUUUAUAAAGGCCUUGAUGGACUUUGAAUCCAUGUCUGAUCUGACUUUCAUGUUUUUUUAAAAAAAGGAGGCGGGGUAAGCAAAGUAAAGCGUUAGCAUGUGCAAAUUCUCCCUCUGUGGUCAGAAAGCUGUUGAAUCUCAAGUCUCUUCCUACGCAUUUUGUAUUGACACAUUACUACUCAAAGCAGCAUACAACUGGAUGUGCAAGAAGCAUAUUGGGUUAGGAUCAGGUUCAAGCUCUUUAACUCUCAGCUUCUCCUGCAAAAAUCUCCUCCCAAACAUCAUCAUUUGGACUCCAGCCUCAAACUUUGUCCUCAGGUUGAACUAUUAUGAAGGCCUUGAUGGACUUUGAAUACAUGUUUGAUCUGACUUUCAUGUUUAAUUAAAAAAAAAAAGGAGGCGGGGUAAGCAAAGUAAAGCGUUAGCAUGUGCAAAUUCUCCCUCUGUGGUCAGAAAGCUGUUGAAUCUCAAGUCUCUUCCUACGCCUUUUGUAUUUACACAUUACUACUCAAAGCGGCGUACAACUGGAUGUGCGAGAUGCAUUCAGGGUGAGGGUCAGGUUCAAGCUCUUUAACUCUCAGCUUCUCCUGCAAAGAUCUCCUCCCAAACAGCAUUAUUUGGACUCCAGCCUCAAACUUUGUCCUCAGGUUGAACUAACCUUCUCUCCUCUUGAACAGGGUUUACCUUGAGGCUGAGGUUUUGUGUUAUUUGUUUUAGGUGGUAUUACAUGGUCCCUAUGUGGCUUUAAUCUCUUGAAUUAAAGGGAAGCCAACGUGCAUUUGCAUCCUCAGACAGCUGAUAGAAGCCUGAGGCAACGCAUCAUUGUAGGUCAGAAUCGGCUUGAUAUGGAUUCUGUUCCUGUAGUCGCUAUCAUUUUCUUUACGCCAUCAUAAACCUCGUCCUAAGCCGUCUAGCCAGCGUUAACUGAUUACAUGUAAUGUAAUCAGUUAUGUAACAAAAUGAGAAGAUUCUGGUCUUGUCACAUGAACAUUGGCACAACCGAGUAAGCUCUCCAACACCACACAGGAAGCAGCAAACUUGGACUCCCCACACAUGAGAGUUGCUGUUCCCUUGUCCUGAUUUGAUCUUCUGACAUAGUUGCACACCAUCUAGCUGUGAGGAUAAGGUGGUGUGGUCAGUGCUGCAGGGGCGAGCUCGAGUGAAAGCUGGCAACAUGUUAGCUCUUAGUGCUCACCCAGGUACAGUUACAAACUCAAUCACAGAGUAGAGCACAACCCAAGACCGUGCACACACUAGAGCAGCUGUGGCCAAGAACUGUUUCCCUCCUUAGUGUUUUUCUUGUGUAUUUGUACUCAGAGCACAAAGGGAAAUAAUACCAGUAUGAUAAUAGUUGUAGUUUUGAGAAAGUGACUAAGAGAAGAGCUCAGUCUUUGCUAAAUCUCCCAGCCUGUGACUACUUUAUUUAUAGAUGCAAGGAAGUGUCAAGAGUCUCUUCACAAGUCUUUUCAAAGUCUGUAGUUCACGGCAAACAUCAGGCAUCUGAGUAAAGAACAAAAUGUGAUCUCUUUUUUUUUCUACUCGAAUUAAAAAAAAAAAAAAAAAAGAAACAAAUGAUUCAACAACUGCCCGGCCUUUCACUGCACACAAACACUUCUCACUACCUGUUUCUGCUCGGCCGGCGCUAAUCUUAACACCUGGUUAUGAGAUUAUUCUGGGGAACGCUCUUGUUGGUCCUGCUCUGCUUCCUGUGUCUGCUGAUAGACUCCGCCGCUCAUCUGAAACAUCUGGAUGGAGUGGCCUUUGAUCUGGCUUGCAUUAGCCGUGUUUGUAUUCCCCCCGCCUCACCCUAGCUGCUGCUCAGACUGUAGAGAUGCUCCAGACUGUGUGUGGAGUGGACUGUCUUUGCCUGCCUUUUUUUUUGUGAUACAGAGUAAUAAAAGAGCAGUGAGGCUAACUCGCUAUCACAAAUGCCAUCUGAACGCUCUUGAGACUUUGUGUUUUUUUGCCUGUCUGUAAUUUGACCUGCCCUCCAGCACUGUUGGCCACUGCUGAUAGCCUAAUCUCUUUUUCUCAGUCUCCAUGCUAACUAGCAGAUGGACAGAUCUGCCUUGUACUUGACAGUGAACCUAGAAUUUGGCUUUUCCGAUUCAUUAGACAGAUGAUGCGGUUCAAACGUUUGCUCUGGGUGUUUCAGAGGCUGCAGCUCUUUAGUAGAAGUAGAAAGGCUCUACUUGGUAAGUGGAUUUUACACAUAACUGGAGCUGUAAUACAAAUCAGGUUAUUACUCAGAGGAAGUCCAGGAGUGUGCCUGUCAUUUUUACAAGAAGAAUCUUGUAUUUGUGAGGGCACAUCAGCUUUGUUCUCAGUCAAUUUUAAUUUUGCAUAUCAUGAAUGAAUAUAUCAAUGACAGACCUGCACCUUUGGCCAGAAAGUUACAGUUAUGCAAACUAAAAAAAUACAAGUUAUCCUUUACAGCUGUGGACUUUCAGUUUCAGACGCUAUUGGCUAAGUAGAGCCCAGAUUCAUUUCACUUUGAGAGCAGAUAGUUGGAGACUGCUGGCAGAUAAUGAUAUUAUAAUCAUUUACAAUCAUAAGUCUUGGCACAGGCAGUUUGGAUCCAUUUGUAAAUCUGCCUUUUAUUAACACAAACUUUUACACGGAAGAUUCUUUCAGUCUGAUAAAGUCGAACACUUGGGGCCUGUGUCCAUUAAAAGUUCUAUAUGUGGUUUAAAGAAGUAUUUGAGUGACAGGUUGAGUUGCUGUGAUUGAGUAACAGAUUGAUGCCGACACAGAGGGUGUUUUUUCGAUCAGUACUCUGAAAACUCUGAACUGCAUGGGAUUGUAGUGAAAAUAGGCCCUGCUAGUGGAAAAAAAGCCCUCAGUGGGCAUAGGCCCUUAACACUAUGAUAACUUGUAUGUUUCCACUGACAGGUACCACUGUGUGAGUGUUUAGCAGGCAUGUUUAGGAGUUACUAACCAGCCAAUUAGCCUAAAGGUGAGGAACUCCCCCCUCCUAAAAUACGUAAACCUGCAGAUAAGCUUUUAGUCUCUCCUGCAGCUGUCCUCAGGUCCAGUUGACAAGACACCGCCUCUAUACACCCAUCCUUGUUCAGAAUCUGAACACUGAGAGGUGAACGACCGAGAUCUCGGUUAUCAGAUCAUCUGCAUCUUCAGAGCUGAUUUACCACCCUGUUCCAGGCCUUACCUGGAGUUAUAACUUAUGCCCAACUUACUGUAUAUUUUGAGACUGGUUUUAGAGGGUCUUAUUUUAGAUAAUAUAGCUGUCGAUACAGCGCUCUUUUUGUCUAGAAGGUCAUGUUUCUCUAUGUGAAUUGAUACAAGAGAAAAUAUGAGAUGUUGGCAGACAGAUUUAGGGAACAACACCGCCUGCUCAGCUGUGCUUUACUUCUAAAUCAGCUGCAGACAGUGCCGCGAGUGUUGUUGGUUAGAGACAUGGAGUACAUCCUGCAAGUUCAACUGCGUGAUGGAUCAUUUCUAAAUCUUCCCAGCCUUUAUUUUAAUAUUCUGCAACAACAAGUUAGGGAGCGCAUGCAUCGAUCACAACAUGGGUAAAACCUUAAUAUUGACUGAGAUCCCCGACUCAGUAGAUAGAUCCUGAUUAACUCCUUGUGUGCUGCUCUUAGUAACCAGCUGCACGCUCCCUCUUUUCCUCGCUCCCUCUCUUUUUCUCUCCAUCAGCCCCGAGUCGAUUAAAAUCUGGAUUACGUUCAAACAUCAAAAGAUCAUUUCUUUAUUGAAUCGACUGCGCUGUUUGUCGGGGUUUGCAUCAGAAAUGAUGAAGGGAUCUCAUUUAUAGGCUUAUUGUCGUUGUUGGUGUAAAAAUUGGUGAUACAGAUUUGUUUAUGGAGGGUCAGGGGAGGUUAUUAUCCUGCUUUCCUGUCUGAUGUUGAAGACAAAGUUUUAAUUGAUGUUUGAUUUUAAUUCAAAGUUGUUGUUCUAACUUCUGUGGACAUUCACACACACAUAGAAACACAAAGAAUUAAACUGUCGCAUCGUUCAGCCCUUACAAGCAUUCAGGACUCAAAUUGAAUGAAAGACCCGGUGCAAACCUCGCUCUGAGGAUUUUAUUUUGACCAUUUUCCACCUCCAGACUUCAAGGUAAAAUAUUCUUGAGUGAUUGUGAAGUAUUUUUUUCUGAGGAGACUCUGUACCUUCACAGUGUCAAGCAAUAUUUCAAAGAGCGAUCUGGCCUGAGAAAAGCGGCUUUUUCUUGACGAGUGUCACGUGUUGGUGGUUCUGACUUUGACUGUGAAAGCCUGGUCUGAACCCAGGAAGUGCUGCUAACAACGAAGUGACCACACAAUCGAGAUUAACAGACUGAUAAAGUAACUAGCCAUGCUUUAUUUCGAGUUGUGCAGGAUGAGAAAGCACAAGGUCAGUAAGAAUCAGCCGUGUUUUCAGUGUAGACGCUUCACGCUGCAGUCUGUGGUGGGUUUAGGUUUGCUUUUGGGCAACAAACAAUCCAUUUUGAAAGCGAUCCAGCUUUUCGAGUCAUUUCUGAGUGGGCUCUGCUGCCAUCGUUUAACGGUCCUGUGAUUAUUGACAAAGCAAACCCUUCCUCAGCCUGUGUCAGACAGCCGGCUGCAUUAAAAAACCCUGCAAACAUCUCUGUUUGGGUGUGUUUGCAUGUCUUUGUCCAAGUCCAGCAGGGGGCAAUCAACUCCAACACACUGACACGCACAGGAGGGCAUUUUCAGGGAGUAAUUGAAGACAGGAGUAUCUGCACACAAGACCGUAAAUAACAUGAUAAUCAUGACAGCAGCUAUUUGCAGCUCCUAUUUCUGGCUAUCAGCCCUCGUUCCCGGUUAGUUUCCCACCUCUCGCUCUGAUUUUGAAGGGAAUACGCACCUCACUGAAAGUGAUCAUGCACGUUUGGUUGUGACUGAUGGAAGCCCUGUGGUUUUUACUCACCCUGUGGCUUUAAUCAAGUAGGAGGGGAUCUGUGUUCCUCUUAUCAUGCAUGUAUGAAAAAAGGGGAAGACAUGAGCAGCUGCAGUUCCCCCUCCCCUCCGUACCUCCCCUCCCUCCUGCUCUCUCAGCCUCAAACCCCCACCCGUUUUUACCCUCAGCCUCUUCCUUGCCUGUGCCCAGACAGCGGUUGAUGACGCUGCAGUCGGGGGGACUGGGGGCCUCUCUCUCCCGCUCUCACACUCCUCCCUCCCUCCCUCUCUCUUUCUCACUCGCUCUACAAAUGAAGGCUGAGUGUAUUUAUAGUCCAGCGUGUCACCCAGCAGCCAGCGGACGGGGGAUUACCUUGGCCACGAUGAACAAGCAGGGCCUCAUUCAGAAACGGGCACUCGCACGGUGACUCACAGCCGCACAGGCUGGGUUCACCACGUUAUCACAGCUGAGGUAUUUUGCGGCGCGUGAGUGUGUUUGUUUGUUCGUCUGGCGGGUCUCUCGGCAUUAACAUAGGAUGUUCGUCGAAUUCAGGGAGGCUCAAACGAACAUUUGUUGCGUGCUCGUGGAAAUAUCUCCGUCCAGAACUUCUCAAGAAUGUGAGAAUGAUUCCAGCCGAAGAUGAAGUGUUCGCUCGAUGUCGACUCACAGCUGUUUGUGAUGCAGCCAGCUCACUUGUUUGAACUCCAGGCGGUCUUUUUAUUCACAUAACCUCAUAUAUACACAUAUUUGUUGUUGUUUUAUCUGAACCAACUUCUGCUCCUCACUGAUAAGCCAACAGGAAAUAAGAUGUUUGGUAUUUUUGAUGGAUUUGAAAGUUUUUGCACCACCUGUUGUAACCGUGUUGUGGAGAGAAGAAUAUUCUGCAUCAGGAAAAAGUUUUAAAAAAGUGUAAAAACCUGCUGUGCUUCUUUUGAGGGUGUAGAUCAUUCUUUAAAGACGUUUUUGCUUACACAGUCAUACCACUGGAUAAUACAAAAGACGGCCCUCUUAUCUCACGUCAUGCAUUACUGUUUUUUUUUUUUUUUUGAGCCAUGGCUUUCUGAGUGUGAUAGGCUUCCUUUUAAACUUUUGAACCUUCUGCAAAAACCAGAAGAGCUGCCAGGAGCACAUUUUAAACUUAAGUAAUCAGAUUAGAAAACACUGAGAACGAGCGCGUUAAAAUCAUGGCGUCACCCUUUUGGAAACAGUAAAAGACCUUUACACUCAGACUGUCUGCAGAUGCAUGUACGUACAUCUAUAUUUGAAGACGAGUCGCCUUUAGAGAAGGUGUCUCAUCCCGCUCCUACUGUGUACACAUCAUUCAUCUGUUUUAUCCUGUUCAGCUUCAAAGUUUGUCUGUUUUCAAAGGAAGGUGCAAAGGCUCAUGGUUGGUCUCGCAAGCCUGGACUAGCUUCCACAGCACUAGCCUCCGCUUUAAAACCAAUAUGAGUGGCAUUGGUGACAAAGUGGUUUAGGCGCCCCACGCAGUAAGGCUGUUGGUGGUUCGAGUCCCGGCCUCGACACUAUGCUGUAUGUCUUAUCCAGAGGAGGCUGACAUGAUCAUGAGAAAACAGAACAGUUGAAACGGUGAAUACAACUUUAAGGUGUAUCGUGCAGCAUGUCGCAGGACAACACCACUAGAUGGCGCGUUUGCUUUUAGCCUUUCAUCUCAACAGUUGUGUUUAGGUUUGUGUGAUGACUGUUAGUCCAUGUGUGAUAGAAUAAUGACCUUAAACCGGGCUUUGUAAGCUCGAUUUGUAGUUUCGAAUUGUACCGCUGAAACCUCAGACGUGUGAUUAUCCACUCUCUAGCUAACUUUACUGUUUCCAGUGCUCUCAAAAACACAAUCCAUGAGGAUACAAAGACCUGAAUGGUUAUACCAUAUCAUGGGGAUGUAUGGAGGAGGACUGGGUGCAGGAUGUUUUUUUGCAAAAACAAAACGCAUGCUUAAAUAAUAUGAUUUUUAUUCACUCUUUUGUAUUUUGAAUCAUUUUUGCCUUUUUCUGUAAGACAUGCCAAAAUCAUUGGUCCUGAUUCUUUGCUGUAAACUGGUCCAACUUUCAUUAUCAAAACACAAGGACACUGCUAGUUAAUAGUUUGUAGUUCAGUAAUCUCAGCGACAGAAUGCUGCAAAGACUUUUAAUCCAAAAAAAAGAAUGAAAAGUUCUAACCCAAGAAAGAAAAUCUUUAGUCCCUGAAGUUUUAAGAAAGUAAAGCCCAAUAUCCCUCCAUGCCAGUCUUCACUCAUGUUUUUAUUUUCCUUCCCCUGCAGAUACUUGGAGAAGUAUGAGAAAGUCCACCACUUUGGCGAGGAUGAUGAAGAAGCGCAGCCGGGGAAUCCCAAAACCUUUCUUCCAGUCGGUGCAAUUCCCAACUCUUAUAACUACCAGCAACACAGUGUAUCAGGUAAGCAGAGCUGAUGUGGGUUUUUCACUCUUUCCUCUCCUCUCCUCUCCUCUCCUCUCUCUCGUCACAUCUGCAUCAGGUUCAUGGAUCCUUUCCAUGUUUUUUUCUUUUACUUUCUGUUUCAGCCAGUUUCUCAUUUUUCCCACUCUUCAUCCCGUCUCUCUCUCCCUCCACAAAUCAAACCCGUAAAGCUCCCACAGCGCAGAGCGUCACUCCGCUGUGUGUGAGGUGCAUGUGUAGCCGGUCAGCCCACAGGUCAAACAUGCAGAAAAAUGUGCCACGACAAAAGCUGUUCUGUUCCAAGGACUCUUGAGUGGGUUGAAAUUGCUUCAAAGGAACAUGAUGUCAAAAGAAAGAAAGCGACACAGAGGUUGAGAUUGUGUUUUUGAUUUUUGGAAAGUUCAGCUGUGUGAACCAGCGCCUUUAUUUGAACAUGCAUUUCAAAGUUUGGUGGGAAGUCUGUUUGUUACCAUGCUGGGGAGUUAAGAAAGGACAGAUUCAAUCCUGUCCUGAUCAGUCGUCUUCUUCAGCUGGUCGGCUUACUUCUGCACAAAAAGCUGUGAAACACCAGUCCAUACUUUUCAGAGGGGCCGUGUCCCACACUGCAUUCUUGCUUGGAGAUUUGUGAGGCAUCAGGGACUCGAUGAUGUUUGACCAAAGUUUUCUGCCUUACUGAAGCUGUUGAAAUAUAAAAUGUUGACCAGUGAGCUUGAGAGGAUCUGAGUAGAUGAAUUUAUCUUUAUCUUUAAUUGAUGUGGUGGGAAUUGUUCCUGUUUUCCACUUAACUCUUGGGAAGAAAGUUCCCAAUCAUAUUCCCUCGAAUGUUGAACUUUUCCUUGUAGGGCUGGGCGAUAAACCGAUAUGGUAUAUGCAGUGUCAAAAUAAUAAAUAAAUCAAAGUUGGUUUUGGAUGAGUGUAGGUAGGCUACGGUCUCAUGUCCCCGCUGUCCUACAUCAGAGACGUGACUCCACCCCAUACAGUCUGUAACAAAGAGGGAAAGACAGGUGAGGAGAUGGAGGACGGUUCAAAAGUUGUAGCAGCUGAAGUAGAUGAAGCUAAUGUGGGCGCGGGUGAGCAGCUUGUGGAGUAGUUAUCGUCUAUUUAUGGUUAUCGAGGUGAACUGAUCAAUGAAUCAUGAUAUUGAUUUGAGGCCAUAUCGCCCAGCCCUAUUCCUUAGUUAGUAAAAGACUCCGAUUAAUCCCCUUUAUACACCUGAGACUGAUCAGAGGAAUCGUUUGUUUACACACUUGUGGAUGUAUGUUGCGUAGGUUGCCUCAGGAGGAGGGUUUUGCAGUUACUGUUCCUAAGGUAGCAGGUUAACAUACAUCAGUCUGACUGCAGCAGAAUGUUUGAAAAAUAUCCGAGUUUGUAGCUCGAGUUUUUUUGAUAAUGAGUGAUUACUAAAUUUUCAUGCAUUUCGGAAAGCUGUAAAUUUGAACUGCAUUUUACAAUAGUGCAUAAAUACUCACUGCACCUGUAGUCAGUGAGCAGUUUCAUGUGAAAACCCCACACAACAAAGGAUGUAAAUCUGUCUGACGGUGAUUGUGACGACCUUUUCUCUCUGUUAUGGAGACGAGGAGAGGAUGAGCUAAAAAUGAAGAUGACUGAUGAUGAGAACUCGUGGCGAUUGCUUGAUUUGUUUUUCGCAGUAAAACGUCUGACAUUCAAAGUGAGAUAGAUUGAUACCCGUCUUGUCACUGCUAAAGGAGAGCAUAUCAUCAAGUCUAACGCUGGUUUGUGUUUGAUAUAAAUGCUGUUAUAAUCUUACUGUUUAUUACCACACCUGACAUGAAUAUCACUCAUGCUCUCAAACCUAAUGAAUAACAACCCAAAGUAUUUUACAACUUCAUGUAUCAUCAAGAGUCCAUCUAAAACAUGUUACCAGCUCUGAUAACCGUGUACAUUAGUUUGCAUGGAAUAAUGACACCGUGUGCCCAAUCUGUCUGUCAAAAUACAAGCAGUCUGUUCCUGUAAUAGCUUGAAUUAGUCAAGGUGCAGUUUUGUCACAUUUGCUGCAACAAGUAUGCUGCAAGUAGACAUUCUCUCAGCCUCUGUGCAUUUUUAUUUCGUCUGUCAUAUCAUAGUUGUUUUUUCCUGCUGAAUGUCGGCGACAAAGCCAGGUGACGUCAGAUUAGUACUUGAGGUUGCUGUUUUUUUAUUAUUGCUGCUGAUAGUCUUAUUUCAAAACCUAGUUUGGUGAUAUGUCCGAGGGCAUACUGAGCUAGGAGGAUGUUUUACAGACAUUUGAUAAAAUUCAAACCACUGAAAGAGACGAUAAAGCUGAGAGCCGCUGAAGUAAUGUCUGUCCAGCACUCCUGUCACCUCGGAUGUAAAAAUGCAACAAAGCCUAGGGCUGGGCAAUAAACUUAAAAAAAAAAUAAAUAAAAGUUGGUUUUGGAUGAGUGUAGGUAGGCUAUGGUCUCGUGUCGCUUUAAGACGCUGUCCUGUGUCAGAGAUGUGACUCCACCCCAUCCAGCCCGUAACAAAGAGGGAAAGACGGGUGAGGAGAUGGAGGACGGUUCAAAAGUUGUAGCGGCUGAAGUAGACGAAGUUAAUGUGGGAGGGGGUGAGCAGCUUGUGGAGUAGUUAUCGUCCAUUUAUUGUUAUGGAGGUGAACUGCUCAAUAUUAUCGUGACAUUGAUUUGAGACCGUAUCGCCCAGCCCUAUUAAAGCCCCACUGCAUUUAUUGCACCUUUUCAUGAUCAGCUAAAUGAAUUAAUGUAAAGAGAGACGUGAAUAAGACUAAAUAUAUAAUCUUUUUACUGACUGAACUUCACUUUAAUACUUUUAGUUUAAAUUCUUUCAAACCAAAGAGGGUUAAAAAAAAAAGUCAAGUUAGUUUGAGUAAAUAUAACAAAUGUUUUCAUCCCAGGACUUCCUGCUGAAUUCAGAAUAGCCGUCAAUUUAAACUCUGGUCAGAAAUGUCCCAUCAGAUUUUCGUCAUCCUCUGGUCCGUCGUUUAUUUUUACUGUUUGUGGUCGGGUUGUCCUGUUCUUUCCAGUUUCCAAAAGGUUGUUUUUUUUUAUUAUUGUGCAUAACUGAGUGUGAUGGCACACAAUCCCCAUGGUGAUUUUUCUUCUGUUGACGCACACGCUGUGAUUAUCAGAGCUCUUAUUUACAGCGAAUCAUAGAGGAACGAGUAAAUCUUUUUAUCAGUGCCGAGUUUGAAGGAACCUUUCCCUGUCAGAGUUCCUCAUUGAGCUUUUUUAACCAGCUAAUAAGUCGUUUUGUCGUACUACACAUCCAUCCUUUUCAUGACUCGGUGACUCAUUUACUUCGCUCCUCACCUUGCUCAACAACACAGUGUUUGAACCAAGGCUACCGAGUGUGUGUUCGCAGUAACUGUUGGUACCUUUUUUCUUUUUCGACAUGGCCCACACACACCUCAACAUCGCUGACUAAUAAUCGUUUCAAACCCCAGCACGCUGCUGCUUUCAUGAUGGAACCACAUUUUAUUUCAAACCCAAUUUUUCUCUACAACCUCUCUUCCGUACCACCCGGUCCCCGCACACUUUGAUUGAACGCACGCUGUCCAUUACCCUCGCAGUGUUGUAGUGUUGACCACAAGCUGCUCUCGGAGAUAAUUGCUCCGCUGACAGCAGCUUUUUUUUUUUUUUUUUUUCAUGAAAGGAAGGAGGAAGCACUUGUUGGUUUUCCCUCCAGCCCAGUUUAGAUCAGAGCCUGCAGCAUUUUAGUCGCAGGCUCUUAUCAUUAACAGUCAGCCUUCCACCUUUGGAGCUAAUUGACUCAAAAACAUGACCAGGGUUGGAAAAGAAACACCAAGAGCAGUUCUGAACUCCGUCUUUAACUCCUGAGAUGAGUCAGACAGGAAAGGACACAGUGAUAUUCAGUCGGUUGUGCAGCUCUGCUGUUUGUCAAGCUUGUUAAGUUUAUUUUGAGUAAUGAUUUGUAACCUGUAGUGCUGCAGAGGAUUGAGAUUUCUGCCCAGCUGUGCGAGUACAUCUUCAUUCUCGGACUAUAAAACCGACACAGUCAUGACGAGUAUACUGAACAUCUCUUCCUGGGGUUGCUCUCAGCUUUAAACAUACCUUGAGUUUUCACUUUACAAUUCUCUUCUGGGCGAUAAAUCACAUUUCAAUCAGGAUUAUAGGGCUGUACGAUUUUGGCUAAAAAUAAAAUCCUGAGUUUUUUCUCUGACAACUUCACCAAACUUCACUUCAAAAAUAAAAAGUUUUUCUGUCAUCUCAAAAAUGAAACCACUGAAAAUGAUGUAGUGCAUGUGCCAAUCCAGUAAGUGGCGCUGUAACGCUGCACAGGAAAUGCACAAAAGACAGAAGAAGAGUACAGAGCAUGUGUAUAAAGGUUGUUUUAGCCAGACACAUGCAGCCGCCAUUAAAUAGUUACGCCGUGUGUCACAUGAUCGUUUCCAGAGAUGCAGAUAGACAUCCACACGGAGAUGAAAUGGUCGUUGUUUACAGAUUUAUGCGCUAUUUUUAAAAAGUAUUGUGUACAGUCACCUGAAACGGUGAUAUGUCAGAAAACUUUUGCGUUUACUCUUGAAUUAGUUUCCAUGGUGACGGGUUGAUUCCGCCUUCAGACAGACUUUGCAGCGGGGAGUGGUUUACUCUUCAUCCGAAACUGUGACGCCGUACCAAUUCAACAUGACUGACUCGCUCUUUUCCUAUUUAGCCCCAAAAUUAUCGCCUUCUUUUGCGAACGCCAUGUUUGUUUACACUGGUGUGUGUGGGAACUUGGGAUUGCUCCUGCAGGAAAGGGGAAGCCUACGGUGGCCUGGAGGCGUGAGACAUGAUGGAAAGUCAACCUCCAUGAUGAAAAUGAGAGAGGAAAAUGGAUUUGGGGAUUUUUAUUUUUUUAACAUUGUCAUAAUCAAAUAAUCUGAUUACAAUUUAAAAUAGAUCAAUCGUGCAGCCCUACAAGAGUAUGACCUCCAACGAUCAGAAAAAUAUGAUAAUACUGACUGAUUUCUCCGCCCCUCACUAACAUCUCCGACACAGAAUGAUUCAGUCCUAUUAUAAUAUCCACUCCUUCUUUAUUAGUAACGACAAAGAAAAGCCUGACACGGAUAAUGAGCGGUUCUGUUUCUGCUCUUUGUUUGCGGACAGUUCUUUGACUCAGCCCAAAACUCAGUUUGGCAUCUCUGAGCUACAUUUUCUUGUUACUUUAGAGCUUACCCACCCUGAUAUAUCUGUCUGCUUGAUUUAUUAGUGUAGCUCUACUACAGACCUUUCAUAGCUGAACUCUGUCUGUCCCCCAGGCUCUGAAUUGAAAUUUAACUGUAAUAUAAUAGAGCAGGCGGGCUGACAUGGUGCUGCGUUAGCCUGGCAGAAUGGUUGACAGUUAGUGUUUGGACAGAGGUUUCUCCGUGAGCUUUGAUCCGCCCUCUUGUCUCGUCAUGUCGCGGCCCCACGACCACUUUUGAUUCCGUCUGCAUGUACGGCUUUCUUUGUUGAAGGGGUUGUUUUACAUCAGUAGUUUGUGCAGUGCAAGGCUAGCUGCAGGACAAGCAGACACAGGAGCCCCGGCCACUCAAAGAGAAACUGGGCUGAAUUACAUUUGCCUGCACAAACCUUUUCAGCAUGGAAAUCAAAUUCACUCAGCGGGACUCCUUUCUGCUUUAUGAUUGGUUUCCAGAGGCAGCAGGCCACAAAGAUCCUGCACCAAAUUGAAAUGCCCACUGUAUAGAAAAAUGACACCUAUGCACACAAAAUGAUUGAUGGCAGAAAAUCAAACUGUGGCACGGGAGGAGACUCGGGUCUCUGUCGGCGAAAGGACUUCACUUGACAGUCUGGAUCUUUGGUCAUUUUCGAGCUGCUGAAUGAUGAAGUCAUGGUUCUGCCUACUCCUGCACACACGGGGUUCUCCAGGAUUAAAGGAGUUUUUAAUUAUGAAAAGCCCAUCAUGGAGGUUGACUGACUCUCACAGACAAACACAAUUAAAAGUUAAGAGAACAUUCAUGUUCCUCAGUCAGACAAGACACGGCUCAUCAGGCUAAUUGGAACUAAAAACUGCUUCCACUGAGCAGCUCCUCGGCCCAUUUGGUUUGCUUUAACUCGGUUAAAUGAAAAAUAAAUCAGAGUUAAAGUGGCUGAAGGUGUGCAGAAGAAGGAGAGGAUUGAAGAGGAAAGCUCUCUCCUCUCGCUCUGCUCUGCUUUUGCCUAGUGUAGUAAUGAUAGCUUUUACAGUGUUUGUUUCAUCACACCGCACUUCUCUUCUUCUUCUGCAGCUCCUCCAGAGACAAACUUCUCAGGGUCGAAUGCUACGACAGCACUUUCUGCUUCACUAGCACUAUUAGCACUUCACAGCAGUCAUUUGUGUUUACUUUAGUUACGGCGGACGGCGUUUGAAUACCUCAAAGAAUCUAGAGAAACGUUUAAGUUUGGUUCAGGUGCACGUAUUUUGUGAAAUACUGCUGAUGACAUGAGGGGACGGGGGGAUGCAAACUAAUUUUGCAUGCAGUGAAACAGUCUGUAAAUUUAUGUCCCUCCACCACAACUAUUCACUCAGCCUCAUGUGAACCAGAGUGAGUUAGAGGGUCAGCACUGAGGCUUUUUCCCACUUCACUUUCAGGCCUUUUGGUUUAGAUUCUAAUCCUGACUUUAAUUUGGCCGAUCCACUUUGUUAACAAGAUCACAGGUAAGAGAAAGAUCAGCGGCUGGUUGCAACUGCUUUGUAUAAGUUGAGUCUUAAGUAAGGGUGCAGCAGCAACAACAACAACAACACUAAACUACAUUGGAACUCGUUAUUUUGUGACAUAAGUUGUUUCAUUGCUCGGUGGACUCCUCUGAAGUAGUAGAGGGUGAGAAAUGAGUUUUUCACUCCAUUUGGUCAAUCAGUGCAGAGCUGUUCUCUGAAAACAAUCUGCUGACUCUGAUGCCUGAUUCUCUCUGAACAGGAUAACGGCCAAAAUGACUGCUGUUAACUCGCUUUAAUGUAGCAACAGCAAUGUAAAGUGUGAGUUCAGUAUGAGUUGGAAAGUAUUUAUAUGCAGCAGUGACACUGAGUGGUGAAAUCACUGACUGCAUUACAUGUUAGUGAAACAGUACUGUAUGAUUAAACAGAUGCAACGUAUACUAAAUAGGGCUGGGCGAUAAACCGAAAAUUUACCGAUACCGAAAUUUACAACAAUAACUGACGUCAUUUUGCCCACAUCAAUAUAUUCUGUGUCAAAAAAAUAAAUCAAUAAAAAUUGGUUUUAGAUGUGUGUAGGUAGGCUAUGGUCUCAUGUCCUUUAAGACGCUGUCCUACAUCAGAGACGCGACUCCACCCCAUCCAGUUUGAAAAAGAGGACGGUUCAAAAGUUGUAGCAGCUGAAGUAGACGAAGUUAAUGUUGGAGGGGGUGAGCAGCUUGUGGAGUAGUUAUCAUCCAUUUAUCAUUAUUGAGGUGAACUGAUCAAUAUAUCCUGAUAUUGAUUUGAGGUCAUAUCGCCCAGCCCUACAAUACAGCUUUCUAAAACUCUCUUCUCCUUAUUUGUUAAAACGGUGCACCAUCACAGAGCGAGGUGUAAGAUUUAAGGUUUGACUUAUGCUGACAUUGAAACUAUCUCUCUGGUUUAACUCUUACAUUAUUACAUCAGUGAAAGCUCCGUCCCAAAUAUGUCCAAACUUUCCUAUAUUUAAAUUUAGCGCUGUGAAACUCAGUGCAGUUCUGUGUGUGUUGCUUGUUUGCAUGGACGUGUGUGAACGAGCUGUUUAACAUGCAGUAACCUCCGCUGCAGUGUUUCCCCUCUCUGGUCGUGCUGCUUUGUUUAAAAUUUGCCUGUAAAAGCUUCUGUGUCCAUCUAUCAAAGGCGAAAAAGUCCCAUUUACCUGCAGGAUUAAACGACAGCUGAAACCCCCGACAGCUGUUUCACUAUAUUCACUUUCACUCUGACACAUCGACUGAAUCAAUGUUUCUAAACCGCCGCUCACACACUUUUCCCUUCUACUUCCUUUAGACUAUCUCCGCCAAAGCUAUGGACUGUCUACGGAUUUCGUUCCGCCGUGCGACUACAACAAACUGGUGCUGUCUCUCCUCUCGGGCCUUCCCAAUGAAGUGGACUUUGCUGUUAACGUUUGCACUCUGCUUUCAAACGAGAGCAAGCACGCCAUGCAGCUGGACAAGGACCCCAAACUGGUCACGUUGCUGCUGGCCCACACCGGCGUCUUCGAUGACUGUAAGUUCCUAAAACUUGACUGUGAUUUUUUUUGUGAGAAAAAAAGACACUAUAAACUUUUGAAGACAAGCAUCAUAACCAAUAUCUGCCUGUUUUAUUCCUAAUUUUUCAACAUUUAUAUUUAUUUUGUGUGUAAUUUGAUUUUAGAGGUUCAUGUUUUGACUCUAAGAAAUCUAAUCUUCCUCAGUUUACUGCCUCUUAGCUUCCCUCUUUAUUUGAAAAUCAAAGUUUCUGAACAUGUCCUAUUGAAGUAUAACUUAUCAAAGAAGAAUAUAAGAGCAUGGGAAUAGGGAGCGGUUGUACUGAUCUGAAACUGGCGCUCCACUCUAACCCUCCUCCUUUAUUUUUGCAGCGCUAGGCAGCUUCUCCGGGGUAUUUGGGUCGGACUGGAAGGAGAAAACCUCGCGGGACUUUGUUAGGGUAAAGUUUUAAACAAGUCUUUAUUUACAUGGCCGCUCACAUCAUUUAAAAGUUCAUGUAAAAUCUAUAGAGUGUGAAGACGGGCAGAAAAUCCAGCGGUUACUCCUCGAAGACGACCCCCCCAGGGUGGUUUUCUCUGAAGCUUCUUCUGAAGCAGGAUGGAGGUCAAUUUACUUUGAUCUCAUUCAUGCUAAGAGGCUCACACUGGAGUUAAGUCAUGACUCCAAAAUAAUGUAGCAUUGAAUAUAUCCUCUGUCAUGGGGGCAUAAUCAAAGCUACUUGUCCUAAGAGAGGUCAGAGACGGCUAAAAGACUCAUUAUAUCAAAUUCAAAGGGCUUUAGUCUGCGGGCUUCUGCUCAUAUUGAUCGAGGAUCGUGGUGUAAGUAGAAAACGUGUAAGUGCUCAAAUAGAGAUGAUACCAAGUACAUAGAAGAGUGAGUUUGACUGUCAAUAGAGUUUGCCCGAUCAGCUCUUGGCCCUGAUCCCUAUCAGCUGAUACUAGAGCUGCGAAUCAUUUUGUUGUUUGAGUCUUUUCCUUUAAGAACCGCUGUAGGGUCAAGACUGCAGGAGUUAAGGUGGACACUCAUCCCUCCUCUUUAAAUCAGAGUUUGUUGCUCUGAUGCAGCAGCCAACACAGCAACUCUAUACUGUUAAUAACAGAUUUGACUAGGGAUGCACGAUAUUUAUCGGACCGAUAAAAUAUCGGCCGAUUUGGGGGGAAAUUACGUCAUUUUUUAUCGGUCCGAUAGGUGCAUUUUUCCGAUAGAAAGAUCCGAUAUAUUAAUGAAAUUACGAGUAAAGUUUGCAGGCGGCGUAGCCGCCCGUCCGAGACGCGCUGGUUACGUCAUCUAUCGCGCCUUACUCGCAGGUCCCAAGCCUGACCCCGUCACUACCUGACAGAUAAUAAAAUGUCUUCACCAGCAUGGUCGUUUCUCUCAGUGGCAGAAGAUGACAACAGCAUUGCUAUAUGCAAAACCUGUUCAGCGAGGAUUCCGAGAGGAGGAAAGAAGACGUCAAGUAUUAACACAACGAAUCUGAUAGCUCAUCUGAAAAGUCGCCAUCGCGGCGAAGCGGUAGUAAAAGAAUAUGAGACAGCCGCCGAAGCUGCUAGCGGUACUAAAGCUAAGACAACAACACUACGGAGGAUCGAUGUCCCCAUUCAGCAGGCGUUUAAAAACUGCAAAAGCUUCUCAAGAGACAGCGAAAAGGCUAAAGCCAUUAACGACAAAGUGAUGGAGUUCAUAGCGGUCGACGACCAGCCUUUUUCCGUCGUUGAGAACCCGGGUUUUCGUAAGUUAAUAGCACACUUGGAGCCACGUUACACUCUCCCAAGCCGCCGCUUCUUCUCGGAUGUGUCUCUUCCUGCACUCUAUGAUAUUGUCGCCACAUACAUUCACAACCUGAUCGACAAGAACGGACUACACGUGAGUUUUACCACAGACAUAUGGACGUCAGAUGUUAGUCCGGUCAGCAUGCUAAUCCUAACGUCUCAUAAUAGCUCCUUUACAGUUUACAGUUCUGUUGAACAGUUCAGGGGAUCAAAUGAAGUUCUGCUUUUUGCUCUGUUAUUGUUAUUUAUAGCUAAUGACCACAUUUGAAGAGCCAAAAACUUUAGUUUGUUGUUCUAGAUAGGCCAGAGCAACAAAAACAUCAGUUUUCAAUCGCUGCAUCCUGCACAAACUGCAGAUUAUAUGAAGAUUAUAAUAAAUGUAAAAAUAUGAAUUUAUCGGUUAUCGGUAUCGGCCAUGAGAAGAAGAAAAUUAUCGGUUAUCGGUAUCGGUUGAAAUUUUUCAUAUCGUGCAUCACUAGAUUUGACAUAACACACUCGAACCAUGACCAAACUGGUGCUGUCUUAUGGUUUAGUGGGUAAUUCCUCCUGGUAUCUUUAGAGCUGUAAGUAGUCAAUGUUGUGAAUGAAUCAAUCUGCCUCUGUCUCUGUUAUUUAAUGUGAUUUAAUAAAGUAACCCGAGAUAGAGAAGUCAAGCGGUUCAGGUCUGUGACGGGUGCAGUUUUUCCCUCGUCUUGUUUCGAGUGCUCUCCUAACAGCUGCUCUUCCUCUGCAGUUCUGGAAAGAGGUUGUGGAGGACACUGAAGUCAGGGAGCUGAUCUGGGACAAGAGCAGCCCAGCACAAGGUAAACACACAGAGCUCUGAACGACACGGAACAAUAAAAGUCUCCUCCGCUGCACACGCUCAGUGUUUUUAUUGACAUUUUGAAAGCUGUGACAUGCUCAAGAAGGCACGCUUUGUUUGCUCUGAUGUGGAAACCCCAUGAGUGGAAAUAAGGACGUAUUUAGUUGUUUUUUUAAAUCCUCUUUCUACAUGUUCCCUCUACCUUUUUUCGAAACAUUUAAAACUGUUUCUGAAGGAAAAGAUGAUAUUGAUUCUUUCACAGGUACCCCGGGACUGAUAAAUAAUAAAUGGACUCGUUGGAAAGUAGAGGAUGAGAAACUAAAAGCUGAAUUUUAGUGACUAUUUUCAUUCCUGUUGAACAAUAUGUUCUCACAGCCUCAUCUGGCACAGAGCUCUAAGUUGUCCCCGCUCCGUUCUCUCUGCAGAUGGUACGUCGUGUGAGGAGCGCUGGCAGAGCCUCUUCCACCCGCCGCGGAACCCGGGUAUCGGUGACAUGGAGGCCCAGCGGGUGCUUCAGGUUGCCGUUAUCCUCCGAAACCUCUCCUUUGAGGAGGCCAACGUCAAGCUGCUGGCGGCCAACCGAACGUGCCUGCGCUUCCUUUUACUCUGUGCUCACUGUAACCUCAUCUCACUCCGACAGCUUGGACUUGACACGUUGGGCAACGUGGCUGCCGAGGUAGGUCCGGUGUUUCUGUUUGGUGCAGGUUCAGAACUCUGCAAUGCCAGGAAAUCCUGCCAGAGAAAACCAGCAUGCCUUCAGAAAGAGCAGCGCUUUUUUUUUCCAAACAAAAAAACCUGAUGUUACAGAUUCUGGUAGAGAGAAGCGAGAGAUGUGGAAGAUUCUGUUCCUGAAUGUAGGUUAGUGUGACACGGCAAAGCGUCUUGUCUCGAGGCAUCAUCUCUACUCCAGAACAGCCUGAAUUGGAGCUCAAGAGAAAGAAGGAAAGAAAAAAAACUUGUAGCUGUUCACUUCUAUUCAGCGCUGCUGUCUGAGCCGUUUUCUCUCAGCGGUUUUUAUAGCAUAGCAACAGUUACUAGGCACAGCGGAUCUGUCAAGCUUCACGUUCCUACACAUGUUCGAGUGUGUCAGACUUAGGGGAUGUUAAGUAUUUCAGGAUUUUUGAGUUUUUAAAACGAAUAAAAUCGGAGCCAAAGAGUGAAGAAUCGGAUUUAAUGUCAGCAGGAAGGCUAGCUCGCUACCUAAUGUGGUAAUAGAGUGAUUCUGUCUUUCGCAGUAUACAUUUAGCAUAAAUGAAAAGGUCCUCUUAGAUGAGAAGCAGUCAUCUGAGGACAGGUUCUUAUUAUUCUUUGAGGUAAAGCUGCCGUGUUUGUGCUUUUCACGCUUUGUGAGCCAAGCGCUUGACAAAAACAGGAUCAGGACGCCUGUUUUAGACGGGACCGCUCCUCCUUGUUGUGGAUAGAAAUGUCACAGAGGUGUAAUGGCGGUAAUGAGCCGGCCGUGCAGGCUGUAAUAGAAGAGUCAGAGUCAAAAAUGGGUUUCUGUUAUGAUCAGAGUCGGCGUUAUUGAAAAGUUUACCGAAACGCUUUAAGAGGGUGUCAGAUACAGCGUGCUCAUGUUAGAGUCAAGAGAUCAAUAUUUUACAUCACCAUGACUUCUUUCAAACAUAUUUAGGUGUGUGAUUUUGGAGGGAUUUCCUGCAGCAGAUAUUAUCUCGUUAAAAACAAUCCACUGUGCUCCGAGUUCCCUAAGAAAUGAGGACAAUAGUUUGCCAGAUGGUGCGCUCUCUUGUCACUUCCAAGCAGUCUGUUUCUCCGAAUAAUUUUAUCAUACUGAUUUUGGCAAAGGUGAAGAAUCACAUUGUCGAGCAGGUGCAGUUCUACCACGUUUCCACACCAGUACAGAAAUAAAUGUAGAAGUUAGGAGUGUUAGAAGAAAUCCGAGUCAAUACAUCACAUGGGUCCACUUCAUUUCAUUAUAACGUUUAUUAGUUUGGAUGCAUGUAAAUGAGCACAUUUCUAUUUUUGGAAAGUGUAGGCAUCGGGUCCCUGAUAGAAUCAGUUACAGCCUUUGAUGCUAUUAAUUGGAUUUCUGGGUUUUCUGGCACUGAAGAAAUCCUUCUGAUAGAUUUGAUACUGCUCAGCUCUGUCUGUAUUAUCAGUCAGUUUGAAUCGUGUGAAUACACUGUCAGGAUACCUUCUUGGUUUUGAAAGUAAUUAUGUAAGGACUACAGCUUGUUCUCUGACAGGUGGUGGUACGUUUUAACUUGCUGCUUAGUUCUCAUCUAUGGUUGAUCAAUGUUUCGUCUCUCUCUGCAGUACAAUGGCUCGAUGUUUGGAUGAACGAACAUGAUACUACUUGUUAUUUUAAUUCAUUUUACAGCAUUGAUGUAACAAGGGCUGUCCCGAUAUGAUACGAUAUUGAUAUCGAAUAUCAGUCUGAUAUCAGCCAAAAAACAAAUAUCAGAUCACAUCAGUGUUUAAGGUACAAACAAAGUAGCAAGGAGUAGGAGUGAUGUCGGCUGUGUGGCAGUUUUCUUUGUUUAAGUCUGAAAAAGACGUUGCAGCUGAGUGCAAAACUUGUCAUGCACUAGUUUGUGCCGGAUCAAUAUCAGUAUCAGCUGAUAUAGAAGGCUACAAAAUCGGUGUUGUAAAAAAGUUGAACUUGGAUACCACUAGAUGUAACAUUAGGGUUGGGACGAAAUGCUUUUCUCCAGAUUCGAUUCUUCUAUGAUGUUUUGGAUGCCGAUUCAAUUUAAAUUGACUCUACGAUAUUGUGUAUGAUUUUCUCGAUUUUUAGUGUAAGUUUCUAACACCAGUAAAACAGUUGAAUGAUCACGAUUGUCUGCUGACUAUUCCAGGAACCAUGUUUCCUCAAAAAAUACACGUCACAUGUCAGUCAGUUUUUAAGAUUUAUUCUUAAAUUUGUAAAAAAAAAUCUAUUUUUGAACAUAAAAAUCUGUUUAAAAAUUGUAAAACAAGAAAAAUUGCGAUACUUAAGUGAAUCGAUUUUCUCCCACCUCUGUGUAACAUGGUUCCUCCAAGCUUUCGCAUUAGCAUUGCAGAUUAUCGUCUUUUUUAAAUGGAUGAUUUUAUGUUUCGCUAACCUACCAGUAACAAAUGAUUGUAUGGUGCUGUGAUUUCAUCGGUGAAACAGGUACUUUAUCGACUCAGUUUAAGAACCAACUGCACAGCCUUUUCCAACAUUAAUCUGAUCUUAUUCAAACACCUUCUCCCUGAGUCAUGUAACUAAAAAAAAACAGUAAAAAAAUGUACUUUACUGUGUCUCAAGGCCUUCUUAUUCAGCUCCACAAAGCAGCUCGCCUGUCAUCGUGCUUUUAUACUUUUGUAUUGAUCCUGCAGCAGCGUGAACUCGGUGUCCAAGUGCGUGGCUAAAAUGUCGCAGAAGCAUAAAAGCUCAACACAGAAUAUUCCAUGUUUGAAUAUAUUCAGUUUUUUUUUUUAAAUGAAGUCAGAACAUGUUUUAGAAAGAGGUAAAAAAGCAUUUACACACAGAUGUCUGUCGUGGGUGAGAGUUCUGCAAGACCAGCAGUCACAGGAGUCACAACUUAACCAAGCCGCAGAGAGAGGCGACUAUAACUCUGAGUCUGGUUUAUGUUAGCUUUUAUCAAGAUCAAGUUCCAAUCAGCCAAAAUGUGUGGAGAGAAAGCGCCACAUAAAUCAGUCAUCUGUGUCCAGUUUUGACACAUCCAGCCCACUUGGACUCACCGUCACGCCUCUGUGACAUUCUUAUUAACAGCAAAAUGUUACAGGGGCGUAAAUAUUUAACAGCGAACCUGCAGUUUGAAAAGUAAAUAGUAGACUCGCUUCUCCGCUUGCAUAUAUAACAACUUAAAGAAACUUCUUUUAGGGUUUCUAAAAACGCUGUAACCCCACAGAGAGGUGAAACCGACACACACAGACAAAAGUUUGAGACAAGUCUGAGCCAGAGUAGAUUUUGAACACCUACCUUUUAAAUGUGUCGUAGUCCUGAAGUGAGUCCUGCUCCUGUCAGGAUGUUCUUUUCGCGGUCACAGUCAGGAGCUCAGAGUAUUCAUGAUGAAUGUUGCAGUUGUGUCUUACUGACUCACUGGAUCCUAGUGGAGACUCUGAAAACCUCUUUGCCUGACUUCUUACAGCUCCAGCUGGAUCCUGUUGACUUUCGGACGACUCAUCUGAUCUUUCACACUAUCACCAAAUGCUUGAUGUCCAGGGACCGGUUUCUCAAAAUGAGAGGUGAGUCGUCUUGUUGUGUUUCGGCGCUGACCUCAUUUGGUCCAGACUCCCCCUCGGCCCUCCCCGUAGUGCAUCAAGUUUAAUGUGUCUCUGUUUUUGUCUUCCAGCCAUGGAAAUCCUGGGCAACCUCAGCAAGGCAGAGGACAACGGGGUGCUGAUCUGUGAGUACGUGGACCAGGACUCAUACAAGGAGGUGAUGAUGCUCCUCACCAUACCUGACCUCAUGCUCCUCAUGGCCUCGUUGGAGGUGCUCUACCUGCUGGCUCAGCUCGGAGAGAUUACCUGCAGCAAGAUUGCCUCAGUCGACCACAGCAUAGGUACGAAUCAUUCUUACAUUUAACUGAAACAUGAACUUUAACCGAGCAGCUGACAUGUUCUUCUUUAUUUACUUUGCCCAACUUUUAAUCUUUGGUUUAUGCAGGUCUUGAAAUCUAAUCUUACCUCGUAGAUUUGUAGCAGAAAUACUUCCUGCCAAGUUUUAUCUCGUUGGAUUGUUAUGAAUUUUUGGCCCCAGGGAGAUGUGUAUAUUUUCCUUGUAUUGUUGAAAUCCUGAAGCUUCUGCUUUCUUUUGUUUCUCAUAAUAAUAAAAAAGUCUUAUCUGCUGAAUUCGGUGCAUCUUUGAUCCGAUCCUUACAUGUUUCCUCUCAUCUCCCAUCAGACUUGUUAGUACGGUUAGUGUCUGUAGACCUUCACACGUUCGGACCUGACGCGCUUACGGCGGUGCGGUUGAUAGAGCAUCAGGCGAACGCCGACCAGGCGGCAGAGGUCCGACCACAGCUGGUGGAGCAGGUCCCUGCAGCGGUGCAAGGAGCGCCGGCACCCGGUGAGUUUUUGGAUCCAUUCAUCGCUCUCUGAGGAGUUUGUUUAAACAUGUGCUGCUACAUUAGAAAUCUGUGACGAUCACUUGGUCUCAGCUGCGUGAUACGAAAACAGGAAAGUAACCAGCAGACUGAAAUGUGCGAAAAUGAAGUGAAGAAGUGAUUCCACUCAGCAGGAAAUGAUCUCAUGAUUACAAAGAGAAUGAUCUCAGCUUUAACCAGUGAUGAAAUCUGAAAACUCUGGUGUUUCUCAGGACGGCGUGGGCGUGUACGCUAACUCUGACUGGCUGUUUUUGACUCAUAAACUUCAGCGCCUUAAACUUUUCAGAGUCACAAAGUCCUUCAAUCUUCAAUCUUUUGCUCCUGAACUGUUACUCAGGGAAAUAAGAGGAGCGUGUGCAGGACUGCUCUGCCACAGCUCACAGGAACAGCACAUGCAACCACAGAAAUAUUACUGUCAGAGUUCAGAGGUCACAUUUUCAGAUAGCGAACAGUGACGUCAUCUGACUGUAAAUAAAAUACGAAUGUUUUUGUCGAUUCGGGUCACCAGAAGCUUUUUAACCUUUACUGAGGUGGUUUAAAAAUGCAGUUUCUCCAAAUUUCUACAUUCUCGGUCAAUUUUAAAAUCGCUUCUCUUCACUUGACUGAUUUCUUUGCAGAUGUAAUUCGGUCAGAAACGACCACAGUUUGACACAAACCAACAAAUACUGUGAGCUGGCGUACAAAGCGAACGUGACCACAGAGUCCCACUGUGUGUGAGUCAGCCGAGGUUUUACAGAUCCCAGACUCACCGCAGUAAACAUGACGAGAGGUCGGGUAAAAGUUUGUGUCAGAUUUAACACAAAACAAACUCGACUAGUUUUCAGGGAAAGAAGCACUUCAGUGAUGUCAGCGUUUCUCUUAAAUCACUGGUUAUUAAUUGAACUACACCUGCUGCUGCUGCUGAAUCCUUUUUAACAAACUGUUUACAAGUCCGGCUUGAUUUUGAGAUCUCUGCUGGUUGUCGCUGCUUCGUUUAAACCGAGAAUUUUAUUCAGACAGAUGUUGGCAGCUCACCUGCUUGAUUCUUUAAUUUCAUAAGCUCGUCAAAAUAGAGUCGCCAGAGCUGAACGGAGUCUAAUAUUUCUGCUUUUCUCUUCUUCUUAGAGAGUUUACUUUUGUAUUUGGAAAACAGAAUAUAUUAAAAAUUGAAAUAGGAAGCAACCUCUGCACAUUUACUAUCAUCUGCCCUUGCUGACAGAAGUCUGAAUCUGUCAAAUCUGAAGCGUGUAAUCAUGUAUUUUUGAUUUUGUUUGCUAACUGCUCAGCUCAGGAUUUUCUACGAGACAGAAAAGGAAAACGCAGAUUUAAAAGCAGCUUUCCAAGAGCACCAUGACUUACAUGAAUUAACAGUUGAACCCUGGUGGGAAUUAAAACACACCUAACCUUGGGAAGUGUCAUUUCUCUGCUGUCAGGGUUUGCUGACAUCUAGUGGGCAGCCUGUGAAGUGUUUUUUUUUUCUUUUUUAAAUUUGUGGAGUUGAUUUAGUAACGGAGAAACUCUUCUGCUCUCCAGCUGACUCAGGAGUCGAACAUUGAACUGUUUUCUGAGACGCUGAGUUUGUCUCUUUGUGUUUUCAGUCACGAGGGUCCCAGUCCAGCCCGCCCAACCGCCGCCUGGAAUUGUCGAGUUAGACGGGGAGAAAUUUACGCUGCAGUGGUAAGAUCCAAGAACUCUGAUCGUUUGGCUCAGACAGAAUCCAAAUUUCUGAUGUUUGAACGUAAACCUUCUUAAAUUCACUCUGUUCCUCUAACAGGCUCAACGCACACUUUGAGACGCACAGCGAGGGCUCGGUGUCUCGGUCGGAAAUGUACUCCGAGUACUUGUCCACAUGCAGUAAAAUGGGACGGAGCAACAUUUUAAACUCCACCGGCUUCCUCAAAUGUUUGCGGUAAGUCCUCCCCGGUCCGAUCCUUCUCUGUUUAAACAACACAGAGGCCUGAAUAAUGUCCGUGUCCCGAUCCAGAUUGUUUACACAGCAGAUACUGCUCUUUGCUUUUUAUAGAGCAGCUUUAACAAAACAGAGAUCCCAGUGAACCAGAGAGAGGAGAUGGAAGUGUUUGCAGGUGCACUGAUUGUCAAGGUCAACCCAAACUUUCAGAAUAAGAAGAUAAAAACAUUUUAAACUUAAAGAAAGAUAAGAACAAAGCUCCACAAAACAAGAUAACUCACUAAAACUUGAUUGUUUGUAAAACCGAUUAAAAUUACCACGAGGAAAUCUUCGGUUUUUGUCUUUGACACACACAGAGCAGAAGGUCAACCUUCAGCCUUUAUUAUUCAGUUUUCUAUAGGAUCCUAACAUGUUAUUGUUUGUUAUUCUGGAGGGUACUUUUGAGAUCUUCCUCUGAAACCUUUAUGAUACAAAGACAGCUUUUUGUUCACCGUCCUAUCAUACAGUCGACUGUUAAUUGAAAAGAUGCAAACACUCUACAUGGACAAACUUUUAUCUGAAUGAAGGUUGAGUCCCUGUCUUUCAUUGCGGCCCCCUUUAAUGGGAAUAUGUAACGCUCCAAGUUUCUGUUUCUUAAAUCUAAUUGGACAGCCUCUGAAAAUCCUUAUCCCCUCCUUUCCUCCUCCAAUCACAGGACUGUGUUUCCUAACCACAGGAUGCGGCGGCAAGACGAGGCCAAAGCCAACGGUCAGAUCCAGAUCCUCCUGGUGGGGCUAAGGAGAAGGGCGAUCCCUCUGCCCAUCCAGCUGUACUACCAGCAGCCGCAGCAGCAGCAACAUCAGCAAAGCCCCGCAGCAGCUCCUCCACCUCCAGCAGCCCGACAUGAUGCUCCUGGAGACCCUCAGGCCCCACCUUCAGGUAGAGUCUGGUUCUUGUGAACUCGCACAAUCAAAGGAGGCACUUGUAGACCAAUCAGAAACCCCUUUUUACUUUUUGCCAGAUCAACACGGGACUAGUCAAUAAAUCCAUCUGGACUGAAACAGUUCUGUUUGUGUGUUUACAGGCUUACCUCCGGGGCAUCUCAGUCCUGGACCCCAGUUUGUCAGGACCCCGGGCCAGAGCGUCAACCCUACUGGUGUUGCCCCAUCCACAGCCUUACCUGCACAGGACCCUUCACAUGCAAACCACCCGACUCUUCCCCGCCAUCAGGUGCCCCCGCAGGUGUCUCCACCAAAUCCUCUGGCAGCAGCGCAGCAGCAGCAGGUCCGACCUGCUCCAGUAGUCCAGAUUCCAUCGUCAGCACCAGCCACCCAGAACCACAGCCCCCAGAACCCUGCAGCCCCACCAGCCCCCCAACAGCAGCAACACUCCCCCAUGCUCCCCACGGGUACGCCUGUCACGCUAUUUCAGCAGGUACCGCAGGGCCACAUCCUCACCGCCAGGGUACAGGGAGUGUGCCCUCCCAUCACUCAGCACCCACCCCUGCCUCAAACCCCACCCCAGACGGACCCUCAGUGUGCUGCUGCAGCAUCGACGCCUUCCUCCUCCAUCCAGGUGGGAGGCGGUCAGGCGUUGAGCAUUGCAGCUGUUCCAAAUUCCCAGGCGUCACGGGUCACGUUUCAGAAUAUCGCACCCAAACCGGCGCCAAACCAGUCAGGUGGACCAGCAGCCACGAUAGCCCCUCCCAACCAGCAGCCUCAGCCUCAGCAGCAGGCGCAGAGUGUCGUCAUCGUCAGUCCCAACCCCCAACAGAACCCCGCCUACACCCCUGCCAUACACCAGAUCGUUCUUGCCAACCCCUCCGCCAUUCCCGGUGCCCAGACUAUCCAGAUAGGCGGGCAGCCCGGAACAGCAUCCAGCCCCUGUUCGCCUCCCGCUUCUCUCUCCAGCACCCAGGUCCAGUCCAGUCAAAGCGCCAGCCACGCUCUGUCCAUUAAGCGGCACCAACAGCAGCAGCACCAACAGCAGCAGGCCCCGCUCCAAAUCAUUUCCCAACCUCCACCUUCUCAGCCUACCUCCACCGAGUCCAGCUUGAUCAAACAGCUACUGCUUCCAAAGCGAGGGCCUUCAACUCCAGGGGGGAAACUCAUCCUUCCUGCUCCACAGGUGCCCCUCCCUAACAGCACGAUAGCCUCCAGUCCACAGGUCAUCUACCAGACAAACUACACCCCCCAGAACCCCUCUCCUCAACCCCAGCAGCUCAAUGUCCAGCUGGUCCCUGGUCAGCUACCUGCUGCAGGAGCUCCGGCCCUCCAGACAGUCCAGCUCCUGCCAGGCCAGCUCAUUUCCACAAGUAGCCCAGGGGCCGCCACCAUCAUCCAGGGCCCCACAGCGGCCGGACAAGUCACAUUCACCGUGGUCCCCAACACUGGCUUCACCACCUCAACUGCUGCUGUCGCUGCUGUCAGCCAGGGCACUGUGGCUCCCGGGGUCGCCCCGCCUCCAUUCUCUACGGGAACAGCGCCCCACCACGCUCCAGCAGCUCCCCCACCACCAACACCACCCACACCGCCACCACUGCCAGCUCCCCUCAGAGGAGACAAGAUCAUCUGUCAAAAGGAAGAGGAGGCCAAGGACGCCACGGGGCUGCACAUCCACGAGAGGAAGAUCGAGGUGAUGGAGAACUCCUCCUUAGCGGAAGGAGACUCAUCCAACGGGAAAACCAGUAAUGGCGAUGUGGCGGCGGGUGCAAAGCUGCUAAACGGUCAGAAGUGCAUGGAGUCUAAUCUACCUCCAUACCACUCAGGGAACAGCCAGGGGGCGCUCAACGGCCCGGCUACGGAGAGUCAUCCUGCUAAUGGGAAGCAGGCCCUCUCCCCAGGACCGAACACCCCUUUGGAGGGAAGCCCCGACCCCAAAAAGACUCUGGUCAACGGAGUGUGUGACUUUGAUCGGGGUGAGAGUGGCGGCAACUUCAACAAAAACAUUCCAAAUCACAUUGCUUCCAAACAGUACCUGGGGAACGGGGAGGUGGGCCCCUCUGAGAGGAGUCACGGGUCGGACCCUCCUCUCCCCAGUCCUCCUCCCCCACAGCAGGACACUGCCAAAGCCCAGCAGGCUGAACGCCUGGCCAACGGACCCCAGCUGGUAGGCAACAAGCCACCCUCGGAACUAACCAAUGGACCUUUGGGGCCGGGCCACGCUACGCCUGUGCUAAGACAGCAACUGCUCCCCAACUCCACCCUCCCCCCCACUGUUACUCUUACCUCCCAGAGUCCUGCCGCCCCUCCUGCAAACGGAGUGGCCUCAGAGGCUCGAGGUCUCAAAAGACCGGCCGAGAGCGAGGACCGCAGCACAGCCGCAGUGUCCUCCGGGAUCCCCAACAAAGUGGGCGUGCGGAUCAUCACCAUCAGCGACCCCAACAACGCCGGCAGCAGCGCCACCAUGGUGGCGGUGCCAGCAGGAACAGACCCAAGCACAGUAGCCAAAGUAGCAAUAGAGAACGCCACUCAGCAGAGGAACUGCUCGCCCACACAGGCAGCUGGCUCAACGGUGAGUCAUCGUACGGUUAGUCUAACAGCACGCCUCAUUUCUCCACGCUGUUUUUUUGGUUGUGUGACUCCGUGUCACAUCUGCCUCCAAAUAUGCUCUGCCUGUCUGUCAAAAACCCACGACAGUGAAAACUGAUAUCCGUGUCAGGGAGGUUCCUCGUUUUUCUCCGACUCCAUGUUUUAGUGAAAGUGUAACCCGGUGGCAUUUUCAUUUUACACAGCGUGUUUAUUUAAGCUCUUCAUCAGGAAACAGCAGAUGUUUGUUUACAGAGCAGCUGACCUCUCAGUCGACUCAUGAAAGGAUCUCAUAGAUGUUUCAUUCUUCAUUCUGCUUCCGUAUCUGCGGCAUCAUGUAUAGAGAGCAGGUAGUUAACGCUCACCCUCGCACUUUCUCACCCUGUCAGGAUCGUACUUUAUCCGACUUGUUCCUUGGCCGCCAAUUUCAGGUCCAAACAAGCUGACACUUUGGUUUAAAGACGAUUUCAGUGAUUUCCAAAAGGAUUUGUGCACGUAGAUAAAAGUCCAGACACACACAUUCAACUGCUGGUUGCACUUCCACGGCAGCUGCAAUUUAUCAGCCCACUUGCUGGUUGAAUUAACAAUAAACCUGAGAUUUUUUAUUCAGUUUAGAGUUCUAACAUCAGCCUGCUGUGCGCUUCAACAUCCCUCUUGACGUCUUUUCUCUUCCCUCGACCGGUCAGCCAUUAGUCAUGAAAAGCACCGCCUUCUCUGUCGGAGGUUUUCAUUUUCACGGCAGGAAGGAGGGAAGACGGUUCAAUUAAAACAUGAUCGUGAAAAGAUACAGCCCUCUGAACCUCACUGCUUUUGUUUCUGCAUAAACGGUUAUGUAACUGGAUUAAAGCGGUAUAUUUUUUGUUCCAGAUGUGCAACAGACAAAAACUCGUGUUUUAAGGUCGUUCUGCUCGUGUGGAUCUGAAGUUAAAGUCAUUCUUUCUAAAAAUGAUGAUACAGACUGUGUGCACGUUGGUGUUAGGACUCGGAGGUUAAGAAGGUGAGACCAGUUAAGACCAUGUGGCUCUCACUGAUACCCACCUCCUACAGAAAAGCAGCUGAGAGAACAACUCCUGCCAGUAGACGGGCCGCGGUUACAUCUCAGCCGACAAAAUUCCCUGCUAAUCCUUUAAUAUGAGGCGUGAGGCAGUUCUAGUUUGUAAGCCUGUCACGUCAACAUAUUCUACACGUCGAAGGGUUUGCUGCUCUUUGUGAUCUUGAGGAACAAAGUCUUCCUCGAAGGGGUCUCAAUCUGUGCACCUGGUUUGUUAUUUGCCACAUAAAAAGCUUAGAGAUGUUCACUUUCAAGUUAGAACAGAGUCAGCUCUUCUGUUCGUCUCAGUGUUUACUUUAUUUGAUAUUCAUUUGCUCCUCUUUGUCGUCUUACCUCAACCACAGCCUACCGUCACCCCAUCCCCGCCCCCGUCGUCCCAGCCUGCGUCAGUGGGCAACCACAGUCCUCACCUCUCAGCACAGCAGACCCCUGCAGCAGCAGCAGCGUCAGAGCAGAGCCGGAAAGCGGGGCAGAACUUCAAGUGUCUGUGGCAGUCCUGUAAACGGUACGAAACGAAGAUCAAACCGUCGCUUUGUGGGAUCACUAUCGUCUCAAGCCGUCGAGCUUCUUCUGAUUUGUUUACGUUUUGCUCUUCAGGUGGUUCGAAACGCCGUCUCAGGUGUUUUACCACGCGGCGACGCAACACGGUGGGAAAGGUGUGUAUGGAGGCCACUGUCAGUGGGAGGGAUGUGAACCUUUUCCCAGGCAGAGACUGUCCUUCAUCACACAUCUACAGGUGAGGCUCCCUCUGAUCUGACUUGUUGUUUGAUACUCGUUAUGACCAGGAUAGACAUCGUCAUGAUUCUGUCAUCUUCUCCAGGAUAAGCACUGUUCUCGAGAAGCUUUGCUGGCUGGACUCAAACUAGAGGAGCAGCAGGCGCAGAGUCCCAAUCAGACUUCUUCCCAGUAAGAUCACCUUUCUCUUUGUCU